AAAAUUGUUCCUGAAAGACCCAAUACUGGAGAGUUUGACUGCACAGAACACAGACACGGGUAGGUGGUGGCAAAUUGGAAUGCGGCAGGAUGCCUAGCGAAGAUUUGCCCCGCACGUAGUACAGCUUGUUUGAAGCAACACCGCACAACUCGACAUCAUCGCUUUGUAGGUGGAUACUGCAGCAUGUCACUGGUUCCACUUGCUGUUGUGAUUUUGCUAUUCUUUGUAAGCCGCGCCAUAUACCGGCUCUGGCUCAGUCCGCUGGCACAUAUCCCAGGACCCAAAAUCGCCGCCCUGACGUCUUGGUACUGCGCCUAUCAUGAUAUUGUUCGUGGUGGACAGUACGUGUGGAUCAUCGAGGCCAUGCACCAGAAAUACGGUCCAAUUGUCCGAAUCCGACCCAACGUUGUCCACGUAAAUGAUCCGAGCUUCAUCGAGCAGCUUUAUCCACAGUCGCCUCACGUGCGUCGUGAACGUGCGCAGACAGUAUUGAACCUAUUUACCAAGCAUCUAUCGGUGCUCCCAACUAAAGAUCACCAACUUCACCGUCAGCGUCGCGCUGUACUGAGCCGCUUCUUUUCACAGCAGAACAUUCGUCGUCUGGUUCCAGUUAUCAACGAGACACUAGCAAACUUACUGCAUCGUAUGGAGGGAUGGGCGCGAGACGGGAAUCCUGUUUCAUUCAAUGCAGCAUAUAAAGCUGCUACCAAAGACAUCAUUCAAGUGUACGCGCUUGGUGAUGGUCAAAGAUGCUUGGAGAUGGAGGACUUGAACGCACCAUUUUUCGACGUCUUACACUCAGAACGACUGAUUCAUAUAAGCGUUCACUUCUACUGGUUCACGAGUCUUAUAUCGAAACUACCUCCACGGAUCCUUGUGUCCUUGAAUCCCUCCAUAUUGGCGUUUAUUGGUUUUGUCGAGGAUCUGACCACCAAGAUUGAAGACAUUCGCCAAACCGAUCAAGAAGAUAACUCGAACCAUACGAUCUUCCAUGAGAUCCUGCGCAGUGACAUCUCUCCCGAGCAAAAAACUACACCCCGCCUUGCUGACGAAGCAAUGGUCAUUACUAUUGCUGGAGCAGACACGACCGCUGCAACCUUAGUUGCACUGACCUAUCACGUACUGAGCGAUGCUUCUAUAUUCAGGCGGCUUAGGCGAGAGCUUGAAUCUGUGAUGCUUUCCCCUGACCACGCCCCGGACCCAAAAGCUCUUGAUGGACUACCUUUUCUCAAUGCGGUGAUCGAGGAAACGCUUCGUCUUUAUCCUACUGGUACGCAUCGUCAGGAUCGAGUCGCUCCAGACGAAGUGCUUGUUUUCACAUAUCCAGAUGGAAGGAAAAUUCACAUACCCGCUGGAACAAUCGUUGGCAUGACUGCACCGCUGAUCAAUCGACAUCCUGCGUGGUUCGAUGAUCCCGAGAUGUUCAAGCCUGACAGGUACCUAGAAAACCCUAAGCUGCUCAGGCGCCACUUUACCUUCUCCAAGGGUAUGCGUCAGUGCCUAGGCAUGAAUCUCGCAUACCAGGAACUGCAAACGAUUACGGCCGGCAUCUUCCGCAAAUACAGCCCCUACGAGAGUAAUGUAACGGAUCAGAAUGGACCCACGCUUGAGCUAUACGAAACCGAGAUUGAGGAUGUGAAGAUGUACGCUGAUUACGUUACGCCAGGCUUGCGGCCUGGCAGGCAUGGUCUAAGAAUACGUGUCCGGCAUCCAUAAGAGAGAUGUAUUUAUUGGAGAAAAAAGGGGUUACAGGGGUUUCCCUAAAGGGCUACCUUAGCCUCUUAUUAUGUUUACCUUAGGCUAAGGCUAGGCGCAUACAGCCCCUAUGUAGACU